AUGUCUGCCAUAGGAACUUCAACUCCUGUAGCUGCCAGAAGUGUACUUGGCUUGGACGGCUUGAUGCCAAAUAAAGUUGAGUCACUGGAUGUUCAGAAGAAGCGUGCAUUGGUUCAGUUACGGUCAAAGUCAACCGACAUGGAGAAGUACAUGUUCUUGGCACAUUUGAGAAACACCAACGUGUCGCUGUUCUAUAAAAUUGUAUGCGAUGAACUAUCGGAAAUGGCUCCCAUUAUCUACACUCCCACGGUCGGCAAGGCAUGUUUAGAAUAUUCACACAUUUACCCGUUUUUAGCCCCACCCGGCGUGCCUGAUGGCCUGUAUAUCACAAAAGAUUCCCUUCCGAAUUUGCCCCAAAUUUUGCGUGACUACAGUGCAGCCCUUUCAGAUCAGGCCGCCUUUCAACCAGAAAUUACGGUUAUCUCAGAUGGUUCUCGCAUAUUGGGACUAGGUGACCUAGGUAUGAACGGUAUGGGUAUCCCUAUUGGAAAAUUACAACUUUAUGUAGCCGGAGCUGGUAUUGAUCCGCGGAAGACGUUGCCAAUCCUUCUGGACCUUGGAACCAAUAACGAUUCUCUUUUGAACGAUGAGUUUUAUCUUGGAGUCAAGCAGACAAGGCCAAAUGACGAUGAGUUUUACUCGGCUGUAGACCAAACCAUCAAUGCUCUAUACGAAACCUUCCCCAAUAUCCUGGUGCAAUUCGAAGACUGGUCCACAUCACACGCUUUCACUCUUCUCCAAAAAUAUCAAAAUGAAAGGUUCUGUUUCAAUGACGAUAUCCAAGGCACCGGUGCUGUUGUUCUCGCUGGUUUGAUAAAUGCGUUUAGGCAAGUUGCUAAGGAUACCCCAAUUGAAAAUCAUCGUAUUCUAUUCUCUGGUGCCGGAUCUGCCGCUUUUGGUGUAGCAAAGCAUAUAUGCGACUAUCUCAUCAUUGAGCAUGGCAUUCCGGAAGAAAAGGCAAAGGCCAUGUUCUGGACUGUUGAUUCUAAAGGUCUUGUUUAUGACGGUCGAGGUGAUAAGCUACCGGAACAUAAAAGAUAUUUCAGUCGCAAAGAUAGUGUUGGCAGUGGCACCAAGUCUCUUUCUGAAAUUGUGAAAGCGAUUAAGCCUACUACGUUGAUCGGCUUAAGUUCUCAACCAGAUUCCUUCGAUGCAAAUGUACUACAAGAAAUGUCAAAAAUCAACCAUAGACCAAUUAUAUUCCCUCUUUCUAAUCCCAGAACACAAGCUGAAUGUUCUUUUGAAGCUGCCAUGACUCACACCAACAACCAGGUGCUUUUUGCGUCAGGUACUGCAUUUCCCCCCUACAAGAUUCCCGAAACAGGUGAAAUUAAGAAACCCGGACAAGGAAACAAUGUUUAUGUCUUCCCAGGUAUUGGAUUAGGUAGCAUUGUGUCCAAAAGCAAGCAUAUCACCACGAGCAUGGUUCUUGCAGCCGCUAAAGGAUUAGCCAAUAGUUUGACUCCUGAAGAGGCUGCUAGAGGCGAUCUGUAUCCUUCACUUAACCGCAUUCGCGAUGUUAGUGCCACCGUUGCUGCUCAUGUAUGCAAGGUUGCUGAACAGAGUAAUCAGCUUCAAAAUGAAAGCCUUGCAGGCUUAAGCAUUGAUCAACUGACGAAAACAAUGAGGGAAAAAAUGUGGGAUCCUGAAACGGCUUUCCAUACCGUCGAGAACAUAGAAAAAUCAUCUUAA